AUGCGGCGUUCGAAAACAGAUGAAGAACGAAGCUGGACUUCGGUGACUCGUCAUUUUUUGUGUAACGAAUGCAAGAAAUAUUUUCGUAAUAAGAGAGAAUACUAUUGGCAUACUGAGGAUUGUCUUUUCGAAGCGUUCGAGCGAGAAGUGGCGUUGAGCAGUUCUCGUGUUGUCGAAGAAGACGUUGACGACAACGAAGAAGACUGGGAUGCACAAGCAUCAACGUCUGAACCACAUCCGCUAGAACCCAAAAAAAUUCAAAAGUCUAUCAACUCUGUAAAAUUCGAAACAACGACGCCUUUAAAAAAUCCCACUUUAAUAAAACCAACGAUCUCAACGCCUUCAAAUCAUGCCCAACCUCAACGAAAUGCUGAUGAAGUUAUAGCGGGACCUCGAGGGUCAAAAGUAAUUGUUUCUGUUGAACCGCAAACGGAAAUCGCAUAUCAAUCCGACGAUGAAGAUUGCGAACCUCCUGUCUUAGUUUCACAAGUUGGUCCGACUGUUGAAAAAAAUCAAAUUGAUGAGGAGGAUGCUGAUAACAAUGAUAACGAAGUUGAAGCCGAAUCAGACUUCGAAGAUGAAUCAGCUCCAAUCCCAUACAUCCCAUCUGGAAAAGUAAUAGGAGCUUUUUCGAAUCCAGACGAUGGAACAAAACCUAAAAUGGAAUGCCCCACUUGUGGACUCGUACUAUACCGUCACAAUUUUGCUGCUCACUUUCGAAUUCAUACAGGCGAACAACCAUAUGGAUGUGAUUAUUGCGGAAAAAGGUUUCGAACAACAUCAUCACUGAAAGUACAUAAACGAGCGCAUACUGGAGAAAAGCCUUAUCCUUGUCCAAACUGUGAUUAUCGGACAAUCACAAAACGAAAUUUAGACCGGCAUAUUGUAAAUCAUCAUAUUCGGAAUGCAGUGAUAAAAGGACCAAUAAUGCGGAAAUCUCGAACAACUCCACGAUAUCACCCAGAAGGAAACAUAGAAACUAUGCCUUCUAGGAUGAAGUACGAUGCCGAGAAAGACUCGUUAUCAGCAUCCAUAGCAAACCAACGAAACGUCAGAAUCGACAGAGAGGAUCACUCUUAUCUCGCUGAAAACCCAGAGACCGAUUCUCUUUCUAGACGAAAUAUAUGUGACGAUUUAAUUGAAGAAGAUGAUGACGACGGCACCAUUUAUGAAUAG